AUGCCGACAGAGAUGGGACUCAUCGCCUGCAUCUGCAUGGCUGCAAGUGCAUCCCCCAUGUCCACGGCCAGCUUGCUGCUGCUGUGUUCAUCCCUCUCCCUGGUAGCUGUUACAGCUGACGAGCAAGUCGCCGGACCAUGCUCGCCGAGGACAUGCGGCAACGUGACGAUCUCACACCCGUUUGGGUUCGUGCCGGAGCAGGAGACGGACACGAAAUGCGGCCGGCUGGGCUUCGAGGUUCACUGCAGCAACAGCACUCCGUACCUCGGCUACUACCGGCGGAAGUACCGGUUCCAGGUCCUCGACAUCUUCUACGGCAACGGCUCCCUGCUCGUCGCCGACGUACACAAGCUCGAAGAUUUCAAAAACUCCAGCUCCAAGGGCUGCCAUGUCAUGACAGCCAACACCUCCUCCAAGGUCGGGCUACCCUUCUCGGUCAGCCCCGUCAACCUGAACCUCAUCUUCUACAACUGCACGGCGGAGACGGCGGCGGUGGCGGCAGCGCGGCGAGACAGUGGGCUUCUGGAGACGAAAUGCAGCGGCGGCACCACGCUCGUUCGCGUCGCAGGACAUUACAACGAUUCAGACAGCUAUGAGCAGUACAUGGUGGAGGGCUGCGGCGCCACCCUCGUGCCGGUGCUGGGGCCAUCGUCUGGUGAGGCGAACGCGAGCAGCUACGAACAACUGAUCAGUGAUGGAUUCCUCUUGACAUGGCAGCCACCCUCUGCGGCGCAUAACUCGCCCGCUCCAUGUUUGGGGCGUAUCGGGUUGAUGGCAUCUUCACCGGGAACAACUCCUUCCGCAUGGUGGACGAAAACCCCCCGCUCGCCACCGGCUGCCCGGGGCCGUCGUUCAACAUCUCUUACGGCAUCUGGCAGGCGCCGUUUCAUCAUCAGCAAAGCCAACGCCAAGCUUCACUUCCUCUCGUGUAAUCAGUCGCUUCCAGUGGCUCCUCCAGGCUUCCGCAGCCAACCUUGUGCCACUGCCAAUAACACCUCCUUUGUCCGGCUCGCUGUCGACGGCAUCCAGGGAGGGACCCCGCCGCCGCCGGGCUGCAACUUCACGGUGGUGCCGACCCUUGAACGUCCCGAUGGGAGUAGGGAUGGUUAUGUUGGCAGCAUGAGGAGCGGCUUUCUCCUGGAGUGGGCAGUGGUGUCAGAGGAUUGUCCUAUAUGCGUAGCAAGCGGAGGGCAAUGCAUGUACGCCGACGGCCUCCGGUUCGCCUGCAAUUGCACCGAGGGGAUGCAAAUUGGGAAGUGUGGAAAGAGUAGGAGGGGGUUCAAGUUGAUUUUGAUCGUUUCGCUGUCUGCUACAGCCAGCUUGAUUCUUACAUGUCUUGUUUGGAUUGCAUGCCAUCAAAAGGAAAAAGGCACUUUGUUCACCAUCCGGAAGUAUGCAGCUGAUGAAUCAAAAAUAGAGGAAGUACUAAAACAAUAUGAUUCGCUCGCUCCACAGAGGUAUAACUACUCAGAUCUAAAGAAAAUAACAAAAUCUUUCAAGGAUAAACUUGGAGAAGGUGGCUAUGGCAUGGUAUUCAAAGGUAUCCUACAAGAUGGCCGCAUGGUAGCAGUGAAGCUCUUGACAGGAACAAAAGGCAAUGGGGAGGAGUUUCUGAACGAAGUAAUCAGUAUUGGUAGGACAUCUCAUGUGAAUAUUGUCAGCCUGCUUGGAUUUUGUUUACAAGGAUCUAAGCGAGCACUUGUUUAUGAAUACAUGGCCAAUGGUUCGUUGGAUAAUUAUAUUUAUUCAGAAGAAUCAAAAAUUGUUGUCGGAUGGGAAAAAUUGCAACAAAUAGCAAUUGGCAUCGCACGUGGUUUGGAGUAUUUGCAUUGCAGGUGUAAUACCCGUAUAAUCCAUUUUGAUAUCAAGCCUCAUAACAUCCUUCUAGAUGAAGACUUCUGCCCGAAAGUUGCAGAUUUUGGAUUGGCAAAACUGUGCCGCCUCAAGGAUAGUGCCCUCUCAAUGGCUGAAGCAAGAGGUACAGUUGGAUUCAUUGCUCCAGAAGUAUUUUCUAGAGGUUUUGGAGUUGUGUCCACUAAAUCAGACGUAUACAGCUAUGGAAUGCUACUGCUAGAAUUGGUAGGAGGAAGGAGGCAUGUUAAUCAAACUACCACCCAUUCCAGUGAAACUUAUUUUCCCAACAGGAUUUAUGAUUGUUUAGUUGAAGAUUUGCAAACUCAUGCACUCAUCACUGAGGCGGAAGAGAUCACCAAACUGAUGACAAUAGUUGGCCUGUGGUGUAUACAAACUAACCCAGAGAAUCGCCCUUCCAUUAGUAGGGUCAUAGAAAUGUUGGAGAAGAAUUUCAAUGAAUUGGAAGUGCCACCCAAACCGUUCCUGUCAUGAUUCAUGUCUCUACCAUGUAUCAUUUUUUUUCUCCCAACCAUGUAUCAUUUUUUUUGUCCUAACCAAAUAUCUGCUCGGACUGUUCAUUCCACAUGUUCCAUAACUGAGUACUGAAGGCAAGAAGUAUAUUGUUGGUGGACCGAGCUUACUAGGAAUGCAUGAGUAUUAAUAAUAACUCAAUGAACCACAUAAUUUUUCUGAAAAAUAAGCGCAGGCCAAUGCUGCUUCACUUUUUACACGCAAUA